AUGUUUAUGCAAGAUUAUAUUCAUAACAAUGAAAUGGAUAGUACCGGUUGUUUGCAAUCAGAAUCUUCACUCAAAACCUCAAUACAAACUCCUCGAGAUAUGAGCCUAUCGAUGUUGACGACUGACAAAGUCCAGCAUUUCGAUGAAGAUUUGCAAAAUUCAGAGCUUAAAGAAGCUUUAAAUAUCAUUGACUCAAUUACUAUUAGUGUAGGCGUUAUAAUUGGAAAUGGCAUAUUUGUUUUAACAGGUCCAGCUGUCAUUCUAUCUCUUUUAUUGACUGUAUUUACAUCGAUUUUUGUUGCGUUAUCAUAUAAAAUAUCCUCGUUGUUUCCAAUUUCAGGUGGAAAGACGAAUACAAUAUUACAUUGUGAUUUAGACACAUAG